ACUUGGCAAGGGGAGACCCGGUUGCCGCGCCGGCUUCAGCGACCCUUUUGGCCGCAAACACGUUGUCGUAAUUACUACAAAACAAAAACCUCACAUUUUAAGUUUAACUAAUUCAUUCAUUUAUUCAUCAAAAUUAGUACUAUUACUACUAAUCUCAGUAAUUAAACCCUGCCCUCACCAAUUAACAUCAAUAAUCAAUAAUCCAAAAUUAAGCACCCCUCCCCCCCAAAGUUCUGAUCUUUUGCUCCAACUCCAAGAAAAGCCAUUCAUAAGGAACCCCUUCAAUGUCCAUUCCCAAGCACCCUCCUUUUCUUUCUUUCUUUUGCAUGCUUGCUCUUCUUCUAUUUUGUCCUCGUCCUUUCCUACUGAAACUUGAAAAGGAAAAUCUUUUUCAAUGACGAAGGAGAGGCUAUGAUUAUGAAGUACUACUGCUAUUUAUCACGCUCUAUGCUUUGCAAAAGCAGGUUUUUUUAGAAGCCAUUUUGUUUUGUUCUGUCAUUUUCACUGCUGUGAAUCAACGCCAGAGGUGGGAUUCUCUUUAUUGUUUGUUUCAAGUGAUAAACUCACGGGAUAUCCAUCGCCUGCUGUAUGCCUCCUUCUUAACCAUCUUCACACUCUUUUCCUUUGUUUAAAUUCGUUCUUCUAUUCUACCUAGCUAGUUGUUUUCUGGGUUUGCUUUGUAUUUGCAUUUGCAAUAUUCGGGUUAAACAAAAUGAGUCAACUCAGUGUGAUAUUGCAGGAAUCGUUGCAGACGGAGAGGAAAGCAAGAACAAUCCUAACAUUUCAGACAGAAGAAAUGGACAGUGUAGAUAGAGAAAGGAGGAGGAGUUUCAAAGAAAGGCUAGGAUUUAAAGUCAUGGGCUGUUGUGGAGCCACCUGGGGUUUCGGGUCAACGACCAUGAGCGUCAGAGAAGACGAUGAAGUUGAGGUUGAAGAACAAGAGCAACAACAGGAACGAGUAGAAGCAACGAAUUCGGAUUAUAAUCCGGAUCCAGAUUGCGUUAAUCCGGCUCCGGUUUCAUCAGCUAUGAAUCUGGCCGCGGCUUUAGCAGCCGAGCGACGUUUUCGGGCAGCGCAAGAAACGGAGGAAGGUAACGUAGGGCCGACAAGUAAUGAGCGGAUUAGAUCGCCCGGGACGCCACUUAGGGUGUCAUUGAUGAGGUUGUUGGAGGAAGCUGACGGCUGCGGCGAGGAGGAGGAGGAGAAAGGUUGCGUGGAGAUGGGGAGUGAUUCAAUGUGCUGCGUGUGCAUGGGGAGGAAGAAAGGUGCGGCGUUUAUCCCAUGUGGACACACUUUUUGCAGGGUGUGUUCGAGGGAACUGUGGUUGAAUCGAGGGUCUUGUCCCCUCUGCAACCGUUCAAUCCUCGAGAUUCUUGACAUUUUCUAAGGAUCAGUCAGUCUACCCUCUUCCCUCCCCGACGAUUAUUAUGAUGAUGGUGAUGGUGAACGGAUGAUGAUGAUGAUGAUGAUGGUGAUGGGGCCUGGAUAUCAUCAGAUAUUAGAGGAUGAUGCUGAUAAGGGAAUUUACUUUAUUACAGGAAAGGGAUAUUCUAUUCUAUAUCACUGCUUACUUAAAAUUUGAAAGUCUUAUUAUGGUUUUUUCCCAAUAUGCUACUAUUA